AUAAUACAGCCUCAGGAUACUCAGUAGAAUUGAGCCAGAGCGAGAGCGCCAUCUGUCGUGGAGUUUGAGCGCGUGGGUGAAAGAUCGUGGGGGGGCGCCACUGCGGCGGGCUGAUUCCGCUGCACGAUGCUGCGCAGAACGUGGCAUCUUAGCUUUAUGCAGUAUGUGCGCCUUGUGGUCCAGCAACAGCAACAGCAACGGUGGCGCGGCAGGGAGUAGUGAGAGAGUGGCGAUCGAGCCAGCAAUGCGUGUGAGAGUAAACGUCGAGGGAAAGGUUUUCCUUAUUCCGCUGCCGCGACACGAAGCAGAUGAGAGGAGGAUUAGUUGGUUAGCGGGCGAAGCAUCUCAGCGCUAUUACGCUGCUAAUGGUCGAUGGCCUCAGCUGACGCUCUACACUAAAGAUGGCACUGCGCUCGGAUCCGACGACAUCGUCACCGAUCUGGUGACAAACAAUGAGGAGAUCGUAGCUAGUGUAGAAACAUGGGAGAUGCCUCCUGUAGCAGAAAGGUAUGCGUCUGCGUGUGAGGCGGCAAGGACCCCGCGAUACAACAACAUCACGGCCGCGUUACGUAUGGCUGACUCCACGCACUGCCUGCGCCUGAGAGACCUCGCCAUGCGCCUCCAUCAGGCGCGCCCCCUGCUGCGCUCGCUACCGGGGGAGUACGCCCUCACCGUCCUCGAUCUGUCCGGUAACCGCCUCGGCGAUGAGGGAUGCAAGGAACUCGGUCACGCCCUCCCCUCCCUCGACGCCCUCGCCACGCUCAACCUCCUCGGCAACGAGGUCACGCAGCGGGGUCUGCGCGAGCUGGUCGACGGCGGCAGCGCGGGGGGGCCACGUCUGCCCGCGCUGUGCAACCUCGAGCUCGGCUUCAACCUGCUCGGUGACGCGUGCGCGCGGCCGCUCGCUGCCGUGCUGGCUCAUGCGCCGCGGCUUGCCUCGCUCGGGCUGUGCGCGUGCGACCUGACGGCGGCGGUCUUCCAGGAUGCGGCGCUCGCCGGCGCGCUCGCUGCGUUGGAGAGCCUCCGUUGCGUCGACGCGACCUGGAAUGAGCUUGGCGUGAGCGGCACGAGGCUGCUGCACGGGUGUGUUAGGUCGGGGGUUACGGUGAGCCACGAUGUCGUGUCGCCGCGGGCGUGCGACUGUGAUGGGGUCUACGAUCGGCAAGCCGACGGGUGUGUCGCGUGACUCUAUGACGCUUCCUCGGUCGAUAUGCGUGGACGAGGGAGAGACACAAAUAUCUGUGUGAAUGCAUAGUGUAAUUACAUGUGAUAGUGAUUUCUGAUCAUAUUUUUGUACCAUUGCAAAUCGUAAUAUUUUGACGGUAUUUUUCUUGUACAUGUGUUUAAUGCUACAUCAAACUACUCAUUAGGCUGUUGGCUUUUUGCAUGUUCAAAGGGUAUUUGUUGCAUUGAUUGUAUAAUACCAGAAGUAGAUAAUAGCUAGGGAAUCUACUUCUGAUAAUACGUAAUAGAAAUUAUGUGGUGAAAAUUAAUCUAUUUCAUUUCUGUUUAUGAUUUUACUAGGCAAGAUUUCUCGUAUCAGUUGUAGUAUACAGUACUAUUAAUUAAGUUGCCUAAUAAAAAUAAACGUAAUUUCA